UCCGUCUAGAUUCAAGAUGAUCCAGUGAAAAGAAACUCAUAUAAAGCUCAUAAAAUGGAUGGAUCUAUGGAUCUAUGGAUCAAUGGAGUGGGAAAGUACUGGUUUGAGAAUUGAGAUUACCUUUUUCUUUUUUCUUGGAAAUCUUUGGUGGGUCGUUGGGAUUCUGAACCGCUUUUAUUUGGGAGGAGCACGAAAAACCAGCUUCUGAAAAGAGUGUACAGCAACUUUUGCUCUUUUCCUCGUAUUUCUGUAAGUCCUAGAAUGUUUUUUUUUUUAAGAAAAACUACAAUUAUUAGAAGAGAAUCAGAAAAUAAAGCACAUUUUUCUAUAUUCUUUCUGGUUUCUUCUCAUAGAAUAAUAUUGGCCACUACAGGAAGUAGAAGGAGAAGAUGACAAAAGGUAACGAGGGGGAUGGGAUCCCUCAAUCCAACCUUACAGAUGAAAAGCUUGAAUCCAACUUUCACAAAACUGGGGAGGAGGAAGAGAAUGACUCUCCAAUUGAGGAAGUGAGGCUGACAGUGCCACCAACUGAUGACCCCUCAGAGCCAGCCUUGACAUUCAGAACAUGGGUUCUUGGCCUAACAUCUUGCUGUCUUCUGGCCUUUGUGAACCAAUUCUUUGGUUUCCGCCAGAAUCAGCUAUAUGUUUCUUCAGUCUCGGCACAGAUUCUUGUUCUUCCUCUGGGAAAGUUAAUGGCUGCAACACUUCCGUCUAUUGCAGUUCGAAUUCCACUCACCAAAUGGACGUUUUCACUGAAUCCGGGACCAUUUACUCUCAAAGAACACGUUCUAAUCACCAUUUUCGCCAACUCGGGAUCAAACAGCGUCUAUGCUUUGAAUAUUGUAACCAUUGUCAAGGCUUUUUACCACAAAAAGCUCCAUCCUCUGGCUGCCAUGUUGCUGUCUCAAACCACUCAGAUGCUUGGAUACGGAUGGGCUGGGUUGUUCAGAAAAUUCCUAGUUGACUCCCCAUAUAUGUGGUGGCCUUCAAAUCUGGUUCAGGUCUCUCUAUUCAGGGCAUUGCAUGAGAAAGAUAAGAGACCGAGAAGAGGACAUACAAGGCUACAAUUCUUCUUCAUGGUUUUCAUAUCAAGUUUCGCUUACUACGUUGUCCCGAGCUAUCUCUUCCCAUCAAUAUCUUGCAUCUCCAUUGUUUGUUUGAUAUGGAAAAACUCCAUUACCGCCCAACAGAUUGGUUCUGGCCUUCAUGGCCUUGGCAUCGGCUCUUUUGGGAUUGACUGGUCGACCGUUGCUGGCUUCCUCGGAAGCCCUCUGGCCGUACCUGGCUUUGCAAUUGUCAAUAUCUUAGUCGGUUUUUUCUUUGUCGUCUAUGUACUAAACCCCAUUGUUUACUGGUCAAAUAUUUAUGGAGCUAAGCGAUUUCCCAUGAUUUCAGCUCACACUUUUGACUUUUCUGGUAAAACCUACAAUAUCACUAGAGUUCUUAAUGCAGAGACAUUUGAUCUGAAUCAAGCAGACUAUGAUGGUUAUAGCAAACUCUACCUUAGCCCCUUCUUCGCCUUCAAUUAUGGGUUGAGUUUCGCAACAUUGACAGCAACUAUUUCACACGUUGCUCUCUUCCAUGGAAAAACAAUCUGGCACAUGUGGAGAAAGACAGCAAGUGCAGUUGGGGAUCAGCUGGGAGAUGUCCACACUAGACUAAUGAAGAAGAAUUACAAGGCAGUUCCUCAGUGGUGGUUCUAUGCCAUACUGGUAAUCAUGGUGGCUCUCGCCUUGUUAGCUUGCGAAGGUUUCAACAAACAACUCCAACUUCCCUGGUGGGGAAUCUUACUGGCUUGUGGGAUUGCUCUGUUCUUCACAUUACCUAUUGGAAUCAUUCAAGCAACAACUAAUUCGCAACCAGGACUUAAUGUGAUUACUGAGUUAAUUAUCGGGUACAUGUAUCCCGGGAGGCCACUAGCCAAUGUGACGUUCAAGACGUAUGGGUAUAUCAGUAUGUCACAGGCUCUAAUGUUUCUUAGUGACUUUAAAUUAGGCCACUAUAUGAAGAUUCCCCCGAGAUCGAUGUUCCUUGUUCAGUUAGUUGGAACAGUAGUAGCUUCAAGUGUCUACUUUGGCACAGCUUGGUGGCUUCUUACAACCGUUGAGCAUAUCUGCGAUCCAUCCUUGCUGCCAGAAGGAAGUCCAUGGACAUGCCCGGGUGAUGAUGUUUUCUACAAUGCAUCGAUCAUAUGGGGAGUUGUUGGGCCACUUAGAAUGUUUGGAAAGUUAGGUGUUUACCAAGAGAUGAACUGGUUCUUCCUCAUUGGCUUACUCGCUCCGGUCCCGGUAUGGUGGCUUUCCCGCCAGUUCCCCAAUCAAAAGUGGAUUACACUUAUAAAUAUGCCCAUCAUCUUUGGAGGCGGUUUGGGCAUUCCACCAGCUAGAGCAGUGAACUAUCUGACAUGGGGGGCUGUAGGGAUUUUCUUUAAUUUCUAUAUUUACAGGAAGCACAAGGGAUGGUGGGCAAGGCAUAACUAUAUCUUGUCAGCUGCUUUGGAUGCCGGGGUUGCUUUCAUGGGGGUUCUCAUAUAUUUCACCCUUCAAUCAAAGGAUAUAAUAGGUCCAAACUGGUGGGGACUUGACAGCACCGACCGUUGUCCAUUGGCCUCCUGUCCUACCGCACCGGGAAUAGUGGCCAAAGGAUGUCCUGUCCUUUAAAGUUCUCUUUGUAAUGGAAGUCAUUGGUGUCUAUAGUUCUGCCAUAAAUGUUGAUAGCACUGGUAGGAGACAGCGAUGAUGCUGUGAUUCAUUAGUUAAAAGAUCGAACUUCAUACAGGUUUCCGCAUGUUCUUACAGUUGCAAUAUUAUCUUCCUAAUUUCCUUCUA